AGGGCGCCCUGUGCCCUGCGCCCCGCGGGGUCACCGCGCCCCCUCCCCCGCGCCCUGGCCGCACUUUCUAGGCUAUUUUUACGCACGGACACCGGACACCUGGGCUGGGGAGGCGGCGGUGGCGGCGGUGGCCGGGCGUCGGGGGCCAUACGUCCGUCCGUCCGAGCGUCCGACUGCGGGUUCUCCAAGGGCUGUGCGCGCACCAUGGAGCCGCGGUGCCCGCCUCCUUGCGGCUGCUGCGAGCGGCUGGUGCUCAACGUGGCCGGGCUGCGCUUCGAGACCCGGGCGCGCACGCUCGGCCGCUUCCCGGACACGUUGCUCGGGGACCCAGUGCGCCGCAGCCGCUUCUACGACGGUGCGCGCCGCGAGUACUUCUUCGACCGGCACCGGCCCAGCUUUGACGCCGUGCUCUAUUACUACCAGUCGGGUGGCCGGCUGCGGAGGCCCGCGCACGUGCCGCUGGACGUCUUCCUGGAGGAGGUGUCCUUCUACGGGCUGGGCGCCGCGGCGCUGGCGCGCCUGCGGGAGGACGAGGGCUGCGCGGUGCCCCCAGAGCGGCCCCUGCCGCGCCGCGCCUUUGCGCGCCAGCUCUGGCUGCUCUUCGAGUUCCCCGAGAGUUCGCAGGCUGCGCGCGUGCUCGCCGUGGUCUCCGUGCUGGUCAUCCUGGUCUCCAUCGUUGUCUUCUGCCUCGAGACCUUGCCAGACUUCCGCGACGACCGUGAGGACCCGGGGCUCGCUGCGGUGGCCACUGGCCCGUUCCUCGCUCGGGUGAAUGGCUCCAUGUCCAUGCCGGGAACACCUCCCCGUUUACCCUUCAAUGACCCAUUCUUCGUGGUGGAGACUCUAUGUAUCUGUUGGUUUUCCUUUGAGCUGCUGGUGCGCCUGGUGGCCUGCCCAAGCAAGGCCAUAUUCUUCAAGAACGUGAUGAAUCUUAUCGACUUUGUGGCCAUCCUGCCUUACUUUGUGGCUCUGGGCACUGAGUUAGCCCGGCAGCGGGGUGUGGGUCAGCCUGCCAUGUCCCUGGCCAUCCUAAGGGUCAUCCGACUGGUGCGGGUCUUCCGAAUCUUCAAGCUGUCCCGGCACUCGAAGGGCCUACAGAUCUUGGGUCAGACACUGCGGGCCUCGAUGCGUGAGCUGGGUCUUCUCAUCUUCUUCCUUUUCAUCGGUGUGGUCCUCUUUUCCAGUGCGGUCUACUUUGCUGAAGUGGACCGAGUGGACACUCAUUUCACCAGCAUCCCAGAAUCCUUCUGGUGGGCAGUGGUCACCAUGACUACAGUUGGCUAUGGAGACAUGGCACCUGUCACCGUGGGCGGCAAAAUCGUGGGCUCUCUGUGUGCCAUCGCGGGAGUGCUCACCAUCUCUCUGCCUGUGCCUGUGAUAGUCUCCAACUUCAGUUACUUUUAUCACCGGGAGACAGAGGGCGAAGAGGCAGGGAUGUACAGCCACGUGGACACGCAACCUUGUGGCACACUGGAGGGCAAAGCAAAUGGGAGCCUGGUGGACGCUGAGGUGCCUGAACUUCUCCCUCCACUCUGGGCUCCCCCUGGGAAACACCUGGUGACUGAGGUUUGAGGGACAGCUGAGGUCUGCAGGA